AUGGAUACAAUUUACUGCCUCGUACACUCGACGAUGAACAGACACUCAAGAAAACAGUUUUCUUUUAUUGAAAAGAGUUUGACCAAGUUAACAAAAGGAUGGCUUAUGCGACCUUGGUAUUGUAGUAUAAUGCAAGUCAACACUAAAAAGCUUGCAAUGGUGGGUGCAAAAGAUAGUUUUUCCUCGGAUGUCUUCCUCCUCGCUAAACUAGUUAAUAAUAAAAAAGUUUUGGAUAAAGUUGGAAGUUUUACCUUAAGCUUACAUCAGGCUAGUACAGUGGAUCCCAAGCGGUUUAAAUUUGAAAAGGUUAUCUCUCAAUGGAUAAAUGAAUACACUGCUCAAUCGCAUAUGAUACUUAGAGAUUUUUCUUCUGAUCUACGAACGGGCCAAAUAUUUCUUAAAUUUUUACAAAUUUAUGCGAGUGUGCCCAUAGAAUUCAACGAGGCAUCUCAAUCUGAAGCGAACUAUACAAGAAACAAUGAAAUUCUGCUUGAGUACCUUAAGAGCGUGGAAGUUGUGCCGCCAGGCGAGCCAUGGCUAGUAGAAGAUAUCUGUGCUGGGCACUGGGGGCCAAUCUACGGAAUUGCAGCGGCGUUAGCACACCACUUUCAGUGCCCCUUCGACUUGCCAUCUUAUUUUAGUGUCAACGUCGUAAAGAGAGAAAAAAUUGAAGGAGGGAGCAUCAUUCAAAAAACCACCCACCACGUUAUUACUGAAGAUGAGAGCCAGUACCAUGAGUUGAACCGCAUUCGUAGCGAACUGAGCAAACUCCCCUUGAAGGACAUAAAAGAAGACGAUAUCUGGUGGUCCCUCACCGACGACGAAGAACGCGAAUAUGAGACAGACGCAUUAGACGUGGUGUUUGAGAAGAGUCAGGCCGAAGUAAAUGCCAUCAAAUUAAAACUGUUGGCGUUCUGUAAUGCUCACUUGGAGAAAAUGGGCGUAAAGAUCGACGAUCUCUGCCGGGAUUUACAAAACGGCGUCUAUCUUCUCUACUUGGUUGCAUUGCUUUCUGGCGUGUUUAUCCCCUGGACAAACUACUUUCAGGAGCCAGAAGACUAUUCUAACAAGCUUCACAACGUGCGCUAUCUAUUUAAGCUAAUGGACCAGUUGGAGAUCCCCCGAACCAACUGCCGCUCAACAGAUAUUGCAAAAGGCGAUGAAAGGACAAUAAUAAUACUUCUGUUAAAAAUUUUUCAAAACUGCAAAGGAACAUAGUAUUAAAAUUAACUCCUGCUCCAUGUAUUUAACGCUAAUAAAAAACCCAGAGUGCAAAUUUUUGAAGGAGAGACAGAUGCUCGCACGUUUCGCUGGUCUCACUGAAAAAAUUCAGUAGGUUAUGAGUUAUAUAGAGUAGGCCGAACGUGAGCACAACCUCGGCCGUUGGACGGUCGUGAAAUUAUU